AUGGUUGCUGAGGACAAGAUGGAUUCCUGGAGUGGUGGCUGGUUUAUGGAGUCAUGGUGGGUCCAUGUGAAGGAAGCUGUAGCAGGAGCUCACCUUUGGAUGGCGCACUACCUACUGCACAGAGUGUGUGAAGGCUUUGGUGUAAUCGUCACUCUGGACCCCAAACCCAUCCCAGGAAACUGGAAAGGAGCUGGCUGCCACACUAACUUCAGCACUGAGGCUACUAGAGCAGAAGGAGGGCUGGAGUAUAUUGAGAAGAUGAUAGAAAAAUUGCGUCCACAUCAUAUCCACCACAUCAGAAUCUCAGAUCCUCAUGGUGGACAGGACAAUCAGAGGAGACUCACAGGAUUUAACAAGACCUCAAAUGAGUUCUCAGCUGCUGUGGCUAGUCCUGGAGUCAGCAUUCGCAUCCCCCUGAAUGUUAGCCAGAACAAGCAUGGAUAUUUGGAGGAUCGCCGGCCUGCCGCUAACUGUGACCCAUAUGCUGUGACUGGUGCUAUUGCUCGGACCUGCCUGAUGGAGGACAAGGAGGAAGAUCUCCUGAGUGAUCUGGACAUUAACAAUUUGGACUAA